GGUGCUUUGAACGGUCCCUCCACAACACAGACUUACUAGCUAUUUGGCCCUCUUAUACGCUCUGUGCCAUGAGAUAAUGUAACCGUAUUUUUAUUUCAAUUUUAGCAAUGGUUGAUGGUAUUUCUAACCGAAAGAAAAGCAGUACAGAGAAACAGGCUGAGAAAAUGGGGAGUGUUGGGGAGGUUUUGUCCAGUUCCUUUCGUUUUCACACCACCGGCGGGGGAGCCAGCGAAGAAGAUGAAGAAACCCUCCUGCGAUGGGCUGCCUUGCAGAAAUUGCCAACUUACGACCGAUUGAGAAAAACAGUUCUCAAAUCUUUCAUGGAUGAUGGAGGUACAAGGGUUGUUGAUGUUAGGAGGCUGGGCUUCAACGUGAGACAAGAAUUCAUUGAUAGGUUUUUUGAGGUUCCCAAUGAAGACAAUGAGAAGUUCCUUAUUAAGCUCAGAAAUCGAACGGAUCGAGUUGGGAUUAGCCUUCCGAAGGUAGAAGUGAGAUUCAAGAACUUAGACGUUGAGGCGGAUUGCUUUGUAGGCGACAGGGCACUUCCGAGUUUGGCAAAUGCUGCUCGUGACCUAGCGGAAACGCUGCUAAAUUGCUUUGGAAUUAGAUUUGUUCAUCACAAAACCAAACUCAAUAUACUAAAAGAUAUUUCAGGCAUAAAGCCCUCUAGGAUGACCCUCUUAAUGGGACCACCAUCCUCAGGGAAAACAAAACUUUUGGUGGCUCUAUCAGGAAGAUUAGAUCCUAGUUUGAAGAGAAAAGGAGAAAUCACUUACAACGGGCAUACGCUUGAUGAAUUUGUGCCACAUAGAACGUCCGCAUACGUGAGCCAACAUGACAUUCAUGUCGGAGAAAUGACUGUCAAAGAAACCUUGGAUUUCUCUGCUAGAUGCCAAGGGGUUGGAUGGCGUUAUGAUCUGUUGACUAAUUAAGCUUGCAAGAAGGGAAAGAGAAGCAGGUAUUUUUCCUGAGGCAGAAGUUGAUCUUUUUAUGAAGGCAACUGCCAUGCAAGGACAGAAGACCAGCCUAAUUACAGACUACAUUAUCAGGGUAU